GUUUCUUCUUCGAAACCCCUCGGUGCCGAGUUUCGGGUCGCGAGCAAGAAAGCCGCGUUCGGUGAUUGAGAAUGAAACACGUGGACGAGCUGUUCUACACUUUCCGUCCCGGCCGAGUGUGAGGGAACGAUCUGUUCUGGGCAACGUCCCUUGAUGCUGAGCGUAUUUCACCCGUAAUCGCUCAAGACUCCUCCUUUGUCGUCGCAUUGCAAGCGGUCAUCGUCACUCAAGGUAUACUCCGCUUGGGACUUCCCAGCAUCGGUCGGCCUCAGUACACAUAAGCUAUAUAGACAGGUCAAACAUUAGGCGACCUGAAUGUCGAAUUUCGUCUCUAGGUGGCUUUCACUCCAGUACUCCUCUCGAUCAUCACAGAAUAACCUUCGUAAUACAAAGCCAAGCUGCCGAGAUGAAUCGAGGUACCAUCGCCGUCGACCUGGACGAUGUCCUGGCAGCCACCAACGAAAAGGUCUCGGAGAUCCAUAACGAGAUGUUUGGUACAAACAUGUCGUUGGACGACUUUGAUUAUUAUCUUUGGUGGAGGAACAAAUAUUGGGGUACAGUGGCGCAGACGAUUGACAAGGUGAAAGCGAUCUAUACUGCAGGCCUGUUCAGCCGUGUCGAGCCAGUGCCAGGCGCGCAAGAUGGCUGCAAGGCCCUCAAAGAACUAGGCUAUCGGCUGAUUAUCGUCACAGCACGGUCCGAAGAGGCCAGACGAGUGGAAACGGAACAGUGGAUUGACAGAUACUUUCCUGGAAUCUUCGAUGAGAUCUGGUUCUCGGGGGAGUUCGUGUCGAUACAUAAAAGUCUGAGCGGUUCUACUCCAGCAAUUAAAUGUGGAAGUACCAAAUCAGAGAUCCUCAGACAAACAGGAGCUCUGAUGUUGAUCGACGACUCGCUAGAACAUGCCAUCGAUCUCGCCAAAGAAGACCCGCCUCUCCGGACCAUCCUAUUCGGCCCUUACAAAUGGAAUCGCAGAGAGUCAAGGUCGAUCACAGACGAGGACAAGUUGGGCUACGACGAGAGGAAGGCGUUGGGGAUGAAGAUGGAACCGGAAUAUGAUCUUGAUACGUUAGGGGGAUAUGCCCAGCGAGCGAAUGACUGGAACGAGGUGGUGGAAUUGGUAUCACAAGUACAAUCAAGCUGAACC